AGCCAUUUGGCUUCGCUGAUAUGAUUUGGCUUAGCUGACAUGUCUGCCAUCCACAGCUUCAUACGGUCCAUGCUUCCUUAUGUCUUUGCUCUUCUGCUCCUGCGAUGCCCUGCGGAGCAGCCAAGAAGUCGCUCACAGAGCCUGGAGGUGGAUGCUGACGGAGAUGUCUCACGCCCCUUGAUGCGCUCCCAGGCGCAAAUCGACGUCAGGACGCAUGAGAAGCCCUUCUUGCGGGAUUUGACAGCACCGGCCAGCACCGCCUCAGGGAAGUGCUUGGCCGGCAUCCAGUCGCAGACCGUGUGCUGCCCCAAAAGCUGCCAAACCUGCGGCGGCCCCGUCUGCUCUCUUCUGAAUGGGGGCCGUGACGCGUGCUGCUUCGUGAACAUCAUGGACUCCCAGAGGGUUUGUGGCCCCGGGGUGGGCGCGCCCUGUGUGGUGGCGGAGCACGAAGAGCCCCGCGACGCGUGCGACGGCAUCACCUCGGUGCCCGUGUGCUGCCCGGAGAGCUGCGGCGCCUGCGGGGGCUCGGCCUGUAGCCAAUUCCCGGGCGGCAGUGAGAAUUGCUGCCAUCGAACAAUUGUUGGUGCUGGCCGGAAAUGUUCAGAGGAGACAGCUCCUCCAUGCGCGAUGUAUGAUGACCGCAUCCUCAACCCGCCUGCCACGGUGGUAGCCACAACGGCCACUAUGACCAGCACGAGCACAACAACUACAACUCUUACCACCACCAGUGUCACAGUCACCACCAGCACCAAGACCGUUACCACCAUCACCGAGACCACUACAACGGUGACGGGGACCACUACAAUUACCACCACCAAGACUGUCACUGCGACCACCUCGACCAUCACGACGACCGUGCUUUCCAGGCAGACUGUCACCACAACAACCUUGGUGACAAACUCUUGGACAACCCAGGCCCCAACGACUGAGACAACCACGCCCGGAAAUGUGAGCCCUUGAUGCAGCUGUUCGAAGUACUGCGCCUGCCAAAAUGAGCAUGGCCGCAUGAUUCUCGGCAUUUCUGGCUUGGGGAAAUUCUGUAGCCACUGCAGGCGGAUCCGGCCGUACAACUUUGCCUUCAUUGCACACAAAGGCUAGGUCCUGCCCGAAUGAGUGACGGCGACAUCACCGAAGGAGUAGAAAUGUGUGACCUGCGC